AUGGUCAUGCUCACCCGAGUUUGCAAAAUUGGUGAAAAAAUGUCUCAACAUAAAAAGUUUUUUCAGAAAAAUUCUGCUAAGAAGUAUUCUCUGCAAGAUGUUUUAACCAUGAUUGGAGAUGAUGACAGCAUUAUUGAAGCUGACAUUUUUAUCAGUCCUCCUGAUGAAGAUGAUGUAUUGGAUGAAAUACAUGAUCAAGGAUCAUUUGAUGAUCUAGCUGCAUGGCAAUUACUGAGUAAGGCCGAAGCAAAAAUAAAACAAAUUGGUGGAUCCAAAAAAAUUAGCAUUAAACGUAUGGGUGACGCGUUCAAUCCAAUAUUUGGGGGUGUGCACGAAACUGGAGAAAGUUUUGUUUUAUAUGAUAUUUUAGAGGAUGAAAUUGUCUAUUAG